AUGGGUCCCGGAGAAGCACAAAAUAACUGUCCAAACCUUCCACCUGGGAUGGAUAUCGAGGACUUGAUCAAGAGUGCAGACAACUUCUUCAGAGGCAGGCCGAGCUCAAACCCUAUGGUUUCAUCCAAGAAGAAGGUCCUUCGGUUCGCCAAGGACAACGGAGUGGAUAUGAACAAGUCCUUAAUCAAAGCCGAGGAGUUUCCAAGAAGCGCAUAUGCAGACGAGCUGGAGAGGUUUCCGGUUCUUCGAGAUUAG